AGAGAGAGGGGAGAGUGGUAAAGCGCGCGCAAAGGAGGGACGCAGAAGGAGACACACCGUGCGUACUUUGAGUUGACAGGAGCCGCGUGACAGUUUGCAGAUGCCGACAGAUGUGCCCGAAGGCAGACUCAGAAUCGAGGAGCCCCAGUGUGACAUGACUCUGCCCAGCACGCCGAUUGUCCGCAGAGGAAGCACUCCUUUGCCUCUGAAGCACCAGCUCAGGCGAGAAGAAGCUGUCCAUGAUGAUUGCGAUUGGACAUCAGCAGCAGCUGGAACUUCAGCGUCGCCAGUCAGCUUCAGCUCCGCCUUAGAUGACGCUUUGACCGUGACCACAGAGGACAGACAUGAGGGGCCUUUGAGGAUUGCCUUGCUGGGGCAGAACGGUGUGGGAAAGUCAUCCCUCGCUAUCGGCCUUGCCGGGGACAUGGACAGGACUGCGUCUGUCGAUUCUGACGGGGAGAGUUAUGUACGCACGGUAACCGUGGAUGACGAGGAGAGCACCAUUAUUAUCUAUGACAACUGGAGACAGGAUCUGUCUGCUCUGCAGUGUGACGUGUGUGUUCUGGUGUUCUCAGUAACAGACAGGCGUAGUUUUCACCGCACUGCCCAACUUCGACUUCUCCUGAGGGAGACUCAGCCGCAGACGCCCAUCAUCCUCGUCGGUAAUAAAAGCGAUCUGGUUCGCUCGCGUGAGGUCUCUUCGCAAGAGGCCAUGUCCAGUGCAGCCCUGUUUAACUGUCUGUAUCUGGAGAUCUCUGCCUCUCUGGACCAUCGUACCCCAGAACUCCUGGUGUGUGCAGUGCGGCUAGCCCGAGGCCAGACUCCAUGGCCCCCGGGGACCAGUGUGGAGGACAUGAGCGGUGGAGGCCAACGUGAAAGCAUCACAUCCCGUGCCAAACGGUUUCUGUCCAGCCUGGUCCCCCGGUACCCUCGGGAAAGAGAAGUGGGCAAGUUCCUACGGCAGAAAUCCCGCUCUUGCCAUGACCUGGGGGCACUGUGAUCAGCACCACAAAGAAAUUAAUGGUUAGAUUGUUACACACCAACAGUGGGAAGUGGUUUAGUAUACAACCUGGUGUUGACGUGGAAUGGCAGGUAGUGAAGUCUGAGAGAGAUGAGUGAUGGCGUGACAAUGAUUAUCACGUGCACUCAGAAGAGGACACCGGCAAGAAUGACAACAACCGUUAGUGGUGUUUGGCAUUGGAGAAUUACAAAGAAAUUUUGUACACAAAAUCAAACAAAGCAGAUUACAAUACUGCUGUUGAACACAGGUACAUAGACUGUACUAGUGAUCGUCCACUCUAGUAGUUUUAUGCACAUAAUAAAAUGUUUUGGUUUUUUUUUUUUGAGUCUUCA